CGCCCUGAAAGGUGAUAUCACUCAGCCUGUGCAUUUAUAUGGUGUCUGGCUACAGACUGAAGGGUUAGUAUCCAGGAUUAUGUGGAUUUCUUGCUGGCUGUAUUCGGAUCUCCCACUGCUCAAGUCGCAAAUUGGUUUGUGUGUUGGGAGAGGGAGGAUAAAACCAAGUACUGUGCAUGUGCCGUGACUAUCAAGGGUGUUCCCUGACUAUUCAAUGGAUCUGUACUCACAUGGGAGAUGUACAAGGUAUUUUUUGACUGGCUGCUGAAUUUGGAUCAUAGAUGUUUGGAUUGACAUCUGGAACGUUCUCUAAUUUGCUCAUUGAACAGUGUUGCUAGCAAGUGUGACAUACGGGAUGUAAUCAUCAGUUAAUAUGUGACCAAUUCACUCAACGUUGUCAACCCGCUUACCCGCUGUUGUGCGUGCUUGCUAUACCGGGGUUAGAACUCAUUGUUCCCUGGAAUUUGGAAAACCACUGCUUCAGAUUAUAGAGAAGCCUUUCCAUUGCCUUUUGUUGCUCACCGAACCUACUAGUGUUCCCUACAAAUAAACCCAGCCCAUGAGGGGAGAGAACUUGGCCUAUUGUGUUGUGGUCAUGCACCUGGUCUGACUGACAUACACAGCCACAGCAAUUGACUCGCUGUCCCGCUCAGGCUAUAUCUGAACCCUCGGCCACCUACCCUCGGAUUACCCCUUGACCUGGUUUGGGAGACUCAAUCACCGCCUCCCAGCCAGCGGGGGUAAAUGCCAAGAAGGACGUCAGAAGGAGGGGGAAGUCACAAUCAGGAUCACAAUCCCCUGUGCUACAUGUGGGUAGCCUUCUAGUGGGACUUUCUGUAAACUGUUCAUUGAAAAGUCCUGGCAUUCAGGUGAGGAGGAGAAAGGAAAUAUUGCAAGGAUGGCCGUCCGGCCCGAAGCAGGGAGGAUCUUAAUGUUUGGUAGAGUAGUCUGCUGGAUGCUGGUGUUACUCCUUGCAGCUGAAAAUGAAGCUGAGGGAAUUACGGUACUAGAGAGAGUCAGGCGACAAGAGGUGCUUUACAGCAGCGUUUGCGAAGGCAGUACCAUGAAUCUUCGCUGUCUCUCCAGCGAGCACAUCCUGAUAAUAGAGUCCGCCAACUUUGGCCGCACUGACACGGACACUUGCCCCAGGGGACCCAACAAUGACACAGAGUGCAUUCAGCCCAGCUCAUUUGAAAUUGUUGCAGAGAGCUGCAAUAACUGGAAAACAUGCGCAAUCCCCGCAAAUACCGACGUCUUUGGCGACCCUUGCCCCGGCACUAGUAAAUUUCUCGAAGUCUACCUGCGAUGUGUUCCCAAGCGGGAAUCACCCACAAGGAUUACAUAUUUUCUUGUCACACUAGCUCAGCAUCCCAUUAUGGCAACCACCAGGCCGUCAACCACGACAACCAUUCCACCACCUACAGUGGCAGUCAGCACGCCUUCUCCCACAGUGAGACCCACUCAGCGUCCCACCCAGAUGUCCACUCAGAGACCCACUCAGAUGCCAACCCAGAGCCCCACCCAGAGCCCCACUCAAAUUCCAACCCAAAUCUCCACCCAGAGUCCCACACAGAGCUCCACCCAGAUGGUGACCACAUCCAAAGUUGCUGCUCCAACGUCAAAGCCAGUGCCUCCACUCACUAGCCUCGCCCUCUGCCCUGCGACCUUUCGGAGGGGAAUCCAAUGGCCUCAAAUUCUGUCAGGAUCACUCAGCAGACAACCCUGUCCCGAAGGAACUGUUGGUAGAGGGGCUGAGUGGCACUGUGAAGGGAGGCCAGCCAUGUGGAUUCCAGAAUCUGGGCCGGAUCUCAGUCGCUGUGUGUCUGAAUGGGCGGAAGAUAUAGAAGACAAGCUGGAUGUGUCUGCCAGUGAGAUCUCUGAAGUCAUUGCCAGCGCGGUAGAGAACAAUAAAAAGAUCUACGGUGGGGAUCUGGUGGUUGUCACUGACUUGAUGAUGGAUUCCGUUGGGAAGUUGAAGGAGGAACUUGCAGGCUUGAACAACACCCAGAAGUUUGAAAUGGCUGAGACAGUCACAAAGAACUAUGUCAAGAUAGGGAGCACUGUUCUUGGGGGCUCCAAGCUGGAGUCUUGGCAGGACUUACCAGGAGCAAAGAAGACCAAGACUGCCACCAGUCUGUUGUCAUCCAUCGAGGAGACCGGUUUUGUGCUGGCUGAGAAUCUGGGCACCCGUAACACCUUGACGAGUGAGGAAGGCAAUGUUGUUUUGAAUGUGGUGGUUCAAGAUGCAUCCAAGGGUGAUCUCAAGGACAUUUCCUUCCCUCGUCCAUCUCAGCUGACAUCCAGUGAGUGGCAAGACAUCACUGACUCGAUCUCCAUCCCCGAGGCCAGCUUGAAGGACAGAAGCAAAGACGGCCUGUCAAAAGUGGUCUUCUUGGCUUACAACAAUCUGGGCAGCCUUCUGGAGUCCAGCAGCUUUGGUAAUGACCAGGAGCAGGACCUCUAUGUGGUCAAUUCACGCAUCCUGUCUGCCUCCAUCGGUGACCCUCGGGCCUCGUCCGAUCUCUCCCAGCCAGCCACUAUCAUCUUCGAGCACAUCAAUGCCAACUUUUCUAAGCCUGUGUGCUCCUUCUGGAAAUUUAUGAAUAGCACCGGCAGCUCUGUCCAUGCGGACAGCAUAACUGGUGAGUGGUCGGACACCGGCUGCACCAUGACAGGUACCAACGCCACCCACACUACCUGUUCCUGCACCCAUCUGACCAACUUUGCCAUCCUCAUGAACACCAAAGGCACCCCAAUUCCCCACGGGGAUGCGUUUGCACUCUCCAUCAUCACCUACAUUGGCUUCAUCGUCUCCUGCAUCUGUCUGUUGUUGGCUUUCAUAACGUUUGCCUAUUUCCAAAAUUUGCAGAACGAUCGCAACACGAUUCACAAGAACCUUUGCAUCUGUCUUUUCAUUGCUGAGAUUGUCUUCAUGGCCGGCAUUGAUCAAGCAUCACGAGGGGCAAUGUGCACAGUAGUGGCCCUGUUUCUUCAUUACUUCUUCUUGGCUGCAUUUGCCUGGAUGUGUCUAGAGGGAAUCCAGUUGUACGUUAUGCUGGUGGAGGUCUUUGAAGCAGAGAGCUCCAGACGGAAGUACUACUAUCCAUUUGGAUAUGGUCUGCCAUUGUUAGUGGUUGGUAUAGCAGCAGCAAUUGACAUCGGCAGCUAUGGAACCGAGGAAUAUUGUUGGUUGGCAGUGGAUAACAACUUUAUCUGGGCUUUUGUCGCUCCAGUCAUCGUCAUAAUUGUGGUGAACACCAUGUUCCUCUCCAUGGCGAUAUUCAUCAUGUGUCGCCAUAGUACCAUGCAGACUAGUCAGAAAGAGAAGACAAAGAAGGAGAAGAUAACUCCUGUCAUCAACGAGCAAAACUUCGGAAGUAGCCAACAGAUUGUUGCUGGAGACAACAACAUGGAUGUGGCAGUGUCUUGGGUAAGAGGUGCCCUGGUCCUUCUCUGUCUCCUGGGUAUUACCUGGGCAUUUGGCCUGCUGUAUGUCACAGAAUCCUUACUGGUGUUUGCCUACAUCUUCACCAUCGCCAAUGUAUUCCAGGGAAUGUUCAUCUUCAUCUUCCACUGCUUCAUGAAUGAGAAGGUUAUCAAAGAGUAUCGUCGCUUCAUCCGCAACAGCAUGUGGAUGCCUGAGUGGAUACGUGAUCGGUAUGGUGGCACAUUCUACACUGGUUCCAACCAACAUCGUUCUAGCUCAUCCUCGUCAGGGAAAAAACGAAUCUGGAGCCAGGAAGACAAACGUUUGAGCAAUACGACCGGUUCGAGCAGCGCUGACCACCGCAAGCUGUCCACCUCAUCCAAUGGUAGAAAUUCUGGUGAGUUUAUACCGGUGCGAUUCACAGCAUCUGUACCAGAAACUAAGGACGGACACCAGCGUUUGUCAGAUGAAGGCAUUGGUCUUGAGAUGGAGGAUGGACAGCUAGAGCUUGCUCAGGUGGCCAAAGGCACCCCUUCCCCAACCCCGAAGCGAAGCCGUGAGGAUCGGGACUUGCCAGCGAGCCCUGCUGAGGUCCGUCCACUGCUCGACUCCCCGAGGGAGCCACCGCCAUCUCCAGAGAAACGCCAGCCCUUACCGUUGUACCGUCAGCUUUCCCCACCCUCCUACCGGCCACCCAAGAGUGGCAACUUCACCAGUCUCCCGGAUCUAGCUCAACCCCCGCCAGCUGGCGGGCUCAGCCAGCCCGCCAAAGCUGACAAGAAAGGCAGCCUGCCCGAGCUGCCACGAUCACCCCGUUUUCUACGGACCAAAAUCACACGCAUGAACAGUGAUUCCCAGCGUGCUGGUCACUGGUCACCUCUGGAUGAGCAGAAACCGCCCGACGAAGUUGACGUCGCCGAUGACAACUCUGGUGAUGUGGAAUUCCUGGGUAUCACUAGUUUGUCUCCCAGGCGAGAGACGCUCAUAUGAUCAGUGGAGCGAGAACUCACAAGUUACUCCUGAACGGUCGUCAUUACUGUACUUGAACGAUUUGACAGUGGAGUAAAAUGGAGUAACUGCAGCUGCAUCUGUGAGCACCAUGUGUGAGAAAGCCCUUCUGUGUUGUAAUAAUCACAUCCAGUCUUUCCUUAGCUUUGGGCUUAGAGGACCAUCACUGCUUCUAGUGAUGCUGUGUGGCACAAGUCCAGGGUUUUUUUGCCUUGUUCGCAGCCACCAAGUGACAGCCAGUGAGUACUGAAUCAGGCUUGUCAGAACUUGUAAGCAGCUGUGAAGCUACAUGAAGUGAGUACAAUAAUCACUUCCUUUAGAGAAAUGUACAUUUGGUCUGUGAGAGCUGUGGAAUUUCCCAUGGUCACAGUAAUUACGCAACGGUUUCGUGAUCCAAAGGUAAAGAAGGUUCCUAGUCGUAUGCAGUAGCUUCUGCAGUGUACAUGUACCUUUGCGAGUUUUGUGAUGAGACAAAUCGUGUAAACUCCAACAGUGGACCCACUUCCAAAUUGUCCAUACUGUGUGUAAAUGUGUACUGUGUAUGUAUAUAUGCAAAGAUGUAUACAAGAAAGCUUAGCCAAGCUGGUCCACGUCAACUCCCGAAGGAGGUGACUAGAGAACGUGGAACAGCUUCAAGUCCUUCAAUCCAGCUGCAUUACCUUGAAUUGCACCCUUAUAAAUCAAGUACUGAUCCUGUAGCUAAGUUUCAUUUGACCCUACUUUGUGCGUGCUGUUCUACAAGUUUUUUCCUUUGAGUUUUUCCACCUGACUUUUCAGUUUUGUACUUCUCAACUCGUCAUCAUCGGAUCUGUGAUUCUCGUAAUCUCUACGUCAACAUGUUAAAAAAAAAACCACCAGCUGAACGUAGGUCUGAAAUUCACGGCAUUGCCCCCAGGGCAAGCUGGAGAACACAGUGUUAAAGGUCUAGUGACUUUGGAAAUUCUUGCUACAGGGGUUGGAUAACUUCUGGUUUAGCUGAUUAGCCACUCACUGAGUUCACUCUGAUGUGAGUAAUCCUUACUGUCUCAUAAAGGAGAUACCUGCAACCCAGGUGGUAUAUCCCAUAAUGAAGGUUUUGAACCAUAAAAUGCCCUUUUCUUUAGAAACGCAGUGGUGCUGUAGCCUUUGGGAGCAGGGUAUUUAACCACUAAGAUUUGAGUUCUCAAACUGUGAAGUCGUUGAUUUCUGAAGAGAAUUUCAGAUUGGUGUAACUAGUUUAGAGCGGAGGAGUGAGGUUUUGUUGUUUUUGAAGUUUUAAGUUUUGUUUGCUGUGAUAUGAUUUCUGCACAUUUAAAAAAGAAGAAAAAAAAUCAAUUCUUUCAUUUUACAUUCUUUUUCAGAACAUACGGUAACUAAAAUUUGAGUUUGAUUCUUUUGUUAACUACCAGUAUGUGGGCUGAAAUGCCUACAUGUUUGAAAUAGAUCAUUCCUUGUGAUAGAAUGAAAUAAUUGUAAAUUAUACUAUUAAGUUACUGAAAGAAAAAGUGUUGUAAAUUUGUUGAUAAGCUGGCCUUAUUAAAAAACCAAACAAUAUAAUUGCUGUUAGUAUGGUACGCUAAAAGCACUUGAAAUAUACAUUAGCGCUGGCAGGACCUAGGUAUGAUUGUAUAUUGGUAGAAGUUAAUCUCUGAUGUAAUAAAAGUGCUGUAGAUUUCACUGUUACAAUGAAAAAAACAAAUGUUUUUAACAAAACCAUUUAAUAAUAAGUACAUAUGUUGAGAAC